AUGGCGCCGGAGAUGGCCGCAGCGCUACCCGAAGACGUCCUCACGGAGGUCCUCCGGCGCCUCUCGCCGCAUGUCCUGGCCGCGUCCCGGUGGGUCUGCAGGGCAUGGCGCGACGUAAUCGACGCCCGCCUGCGCCACCUCCUGUUCUCCCACUCGGUGAGCGGCAUCUUCAUCAACUACACCGCGCGCACGCAUGGCUUCUCGAAGUUCUUCUCCCGCCCCUCGAUGGGGCCGGCGAUCCACGGAGGGCUCGACUUCCUACUCUGUGAUGGUGUCAAGGUCACGGAUCACUGCAACGGGCUCCUGCUCUGCUACGAUGGGGAGCGCGACUACGUCGUCAACCCGGCCACGCGGCGGUGGGCGCGUCUACCCCGACGGCGCCCUCAGCCGCACAUGACGGGAUUCGGCCAGAGCGCCUGCCUCGCGUUUGAACCCGCCGUGUCACCGCACUACGAGGUCUUUCUGAUGCCGUGCCUUCCCGGCGACGGCGACGGCGAAUCGAAUGAUGAGGAGGACACGUUGCUCCGAUCGGAGUGGCCUCCCGCAUCAUACUCGCUGCACGUAUUUUCGUCGAUGGCCGAUCGGUGGGACGAGAGGACGUUUCUGCGGGAAGGCGAGGCAGAAGGGAUCGUCGCCCACACUUAUUCGGAUCUACGGUAUCAUCAUGCCGUCUAUUGGCGAAGCAAUCUCUACAUCCAUAGCCGGCAUGGCUGCUAUCUUACGAGAAUGUCCUCGACAAAUCACACGUACAGAGUAAUCAGACUACCAGGUGACGAUGAUGUGAGACAGGGAGGAUAUCCAUACUACCAUUUGGGGAGAUCGCUCGAAGGGAUCUAUUGCGCACAAAAUAAGUACUGGAAUAAGCUUCUGCAUUGGCACCUCAGCGAGCCAUCACGCGAUCAAACAGAAUGGGUGUUAAAGCAUGAUAUUGAUCUCACGGCUUUUGCACACAAUUUCCACGCACUCAACUACCGUCAGAUGUUUUUUGAGGAGGACCAUGCUCAACAAGUGGGCGGACCAUGGAUACUACAGGAUGUUAAGGACUUCCAGAACUUUGAGGAAUUAUGGAUCUUUGACGAGGAUAGCAUGGGAUCCUGGAACUCUGAGGAGCAUAACAUUCUUGACAUUGACGAUGCUUUUGAAAGAAACUAUGGCGGAGGAGGUCAUCAUUUUCUUGGAUUUCAUCCUUAUAAAGAGAUCGUCUAUUUAGAAUUUCCAAUUGGAAGAGGAGUGGCCUAUGAUUGGAACAGCUCGAAAUUUCAUGACUUGGGCAACUUAAAACCACAAGGAUACCAUUACCUCCAACUAGGUACAGAUGCAUCUUUCCCGUACACGCCUUGUUGGAUGGGGCAAUUUCCUGGAAACGAAUUGGAAACUCAACUUAAAUAUGAGGAGCUAUUGACAAAAAAUUUGGAAUUGGAAGCUCAGCUUGAAAGUAGCUCCAACUUUACCUGUGUGGACGAGUACGAGCUGCACAAACACCGUGGGCACGCCAAGAGGAUCAAGGACUGUGCCGCCAAAACUCGUCGAAGACGUCGCAUCGUGGCUCGGUAG